AUGAAGCUGAACCCUUCAAAGUGCUCAUUCGGAGUAAGUUCUGGAAAGUUCCUAGGGUACAUAGCCACCCACAGGGGCAUUGAAGCAAACCCAGAGCAGGUGAGAGCGAUUCAGGUGAUACCUUCCCCUCGCAACGUUAAGGAGGUGCAAAGACUGACAGGAAGGAUGGCCGCCUUGAGCAGAUUCAUCUCCAGGCUAUCCGACAAGUCGCACGCUUUCUUCGAAACCCUGAAGGACCCCAAGGACUUCCUAUGGACCGAGAAAUGUGAGCAAGCCAUGUCCGAUCUCAAGGCCUAUCUCACUACUCCACCUCUCCUAUCAAAACCCUUGGAAGGAGAGGUCCUAUUGCUCUAUCUGGUGAUAUCGGAACACGCAGUCAGUGCGGUCCUAGUAAGGGAAGAAGGAAGAAAACAACAUCCCAUAUACUACGUGAGCAAAUCUUUACUAGACGCGGAGACCCGCUAUAGUCACCUCGAGAAGCUGGCCCUUGCUCUAGUCAAUGCUGCCCGAAAGCUGCGUCCCAACUUCCAGGCUCAUCAAAUCGUGGUAGUCACCUCCUUCCCUAUCAAGGCAGUUCUGCAUAAGCCGGAAGUGUCUGGACGUCUAGCAAAAUGGGCUAUAGAGCUGGGGGAAUACGAUGUGAUCUUCCGGCAUGCAACAGCCAUCAAAUCGCAAGUAAAGCUUCGUGAUAGUGAAGGGGAGAAAGGCGAAUGGACACUGUACGUCGAUGGGUCUAGUAACGUAAGGGGCGCAGGCGUGGGACUGGUCCUAACUUCCCCCACGGGGGAAUCAGCCUCAAAGGCCGUACGUUGCAACUUCAAAGCAACGAACAACGAAGCUGAGUAUGAAGCUCUAAUAGCAGGGCUGACACUCGCCAAACAGAUGGGGGUGGAAGAUAUCCAGGUCUUCAGCGAUUCACAAUUGAUCAUAAGCCAAGUCCAAGGAGACUAUCAGGCGAAAGAUCUGAGUAUGGUCAGGUACCUAUCCGUGGCUAAGCGACUACUCGACAGGUUCCGACAUUGUAAGCUCACCCAGAUUCCUAGGGAGCACAAUUCCAAGGCUGACGCUCUAGCUAACCUAGGGUCCGCCCUAGAAACUACAAGUCAUAUGAGCAUCGCAUUACUGGUACUCCAAUGGCCCGCGACCGAAAAGGAGACGAAACCUGAAGAAAUAUUCGUGGUAGACGAAGGAGAGACCUGGAUGACGCCCAUAAUCAACUAUCUAAUGUAUGACACCUUGCCUAAAGAUCGAGACAAAAGUCGGAAGAUAAGACGCCAAGCUGCAAGGUAUUGCUUUUCCGAGGGGAAACUAUACCGAAGAUCCUUUUCAGGACCCUAUCUACGAUGUCUUACCCCUAGAGAAGCCGCCAGGAUAUUACAAGAGUUGCAUGAAGGAGAAUGUGGUUCACACUCUAGUGGUCGGAGCCUGGUACUCAGAGCUAGAAGAGCAGGAUACUAUUGGCCAACCAUGGCAAGGGACUCCCUCAAACAAGCAAAGCUCUGCAGAAAGUUCCCUAUGGCACCGGGGCAAAAGAUUUUCCUCCUAGUCGUGACAGAAUAUUUCACCAAAUGGGUGGAGGCUGAAGCACUAGCCAAGAUAACGGACCUCCAAAUUAGGAAAUUCCUAUGGACUAACGUGAUCACAUGCUUCGAAACACCCCAUGAGAUUGUCACAGACAACAAACCACAAUUCACAAGCUAUAACUUCCGAAAGUUCUGCAAGGACUGGAACAUCAAGCUCUCCUACUCAGCACCACGACACCCUCAAUCUAACGGCCAAGCAGAAUCCACUAACAAGACAGUGGUGAACAUGCUCAAAAAGCGCCUAGAAGACGCCCAUGCACGAUGGGCAGAAGAACUACACAGAGUACUCUGGGCCUAUCGGACAACCCCGAAGACGGCAACCUAG